CCCUCCGGGCUCGGGGUUCCGCGGCCCCCUGGACGCAGCUCUAGGCGGCCGGGCUCCGGCUCCGCCGGCGAGCCCCCGCUGUGCACCUGGGAAGGAGUUUGUGGGGCCCUCGAUCCUGCUCUCGGCGCAGGUUUCGGGCGCGUGGGGAGACCCUCGGCGGCGAGAGAACCCCGAGAGGAGAAGGAGGAGGGUUUGGCGGAGAAGGAGCCACCCCUGGCCCUCGCGGCUCCCCCUACCUUUUCCAUCGCUCCCGCUCUCCAGCGGAAAGGGGAGGACGAGGAAGAAGAAGAAAAAGAAAGGGGGUGGGGUGGGAGAACUGGAUAUAAAGAUCGACUGGGGGGAUGGUGGCAGAUUUUUGGUCUCUUCAGCAGCGUGUUUCCUUAAGCGGCAGCAGCAGCAGGAGGAAAAGGAGCCCCAGCUAUGACUGCCGCAUGUUAAUAGCUGCCGCUGGGGUCCCUCGGCUGCUACUGGAGCCAGAGCCUGACUCCGAAGUUGUGCAACUGUGGACUGGGAGAGACAUUUGAACCCUCCACUCUGUUUGCUCCGUUUUUACUCCCUUGGUGUGUGUGAAGCGAGGAAACGUAAAGGAAGACAAGCAUUUGGCUUCCCCCGCCCCUCCACCCCCGUCCCUUUUUUUCAUGGCUGUGUAGCAGAAGAAAAGGGGGAAGGAGACUUUUCGUUGUUUCCUUGGCCGGGGUCUCCACCCUCCCGCUGCCUUCUCUGCGCACUGGUUAUAAUUCCUGGACGCGUGUGCUGGGGGUGUCUACGCUGGGGCCGCUCGGUAUUUUGCCCCGGGCUCCAUGGUUCGAUUGUGGAAACUGCACCAGGCUGCAGGUUGUUGAGCAACUGAUGGGACGAGCUCAGGGACCGGCGGUUACGAAAGAAAUGUUUAAGUGUUCAGUAAAUCGGAGGAAAAAAAACAUGGAGUUUUAGCAACUGAAGCUCAAAUUAAGGAUUCUGAAUUGGGUAUUGGUGUUUCUGUUUUGAAGAAUAUUUCUUUUUGAGCUGUUUUGUUUUUAAUCAUCCAUCUUGGGAUACAGAAAAAGAAUCAGAGAGACACUUAUUUUAAGUUUAGAAUACUCACUCCUGAGGCACCCUCACUGCCGAGCUCACGACCAUGUGGCCAUCACAGCUACUAGUCUUCAUGAUGCUCUUAGCACCGAUAAUUCAUGGUGGCAAGCACAGUGAGCGACAUCCAGCCCUUGCUUCUCCACUGCGACAUGCUGAGCGCGGCCCAGGAGGCGCUCUACCUCCCAGACAUCUCCUUCAGCAGCCAGCUGCGGAGCGCGCCACUGCUCAUCGCGGACCCGGGCCCCGUGGAGCUACCAGAGGAGUUCGUGGUCCAGGUGCCCAUGGAGCUCAGAUCUCAGCCCAAGCUUUCAGCCGUGCUCCCAUUCCAAUGGCUGUGGUUCGCAGAGAGCUCUCCUGUGAGAGUUACCCCAUUGAGCUCCGCUGUCCAGGAACAGAUGUCAUCAUGAUUGAAAGUGCCAACUAUGGGAGGACUGAUGACAAAAUCUGUGACUCUGACCCUGCUCAGAUGGAGAAUAUACGAUGCUAUCUGCCUGAUGCCUAUAAGAUUAUGUCUCAAAGGUGCAAUAACAGAACCCAGUGUGCAGUGGUGGCAGGUCCUGAUGUUUUUCCAGACCCUUGUCCAGGAACCUAUAAAUACCUUGAAGUGCAGUAUGAAUGUGUUCCUUACAAAGUGGAACAAAAAGUUUUUCUUUGUCCUGGACUACUAAAAGGAGUAUACCAGAGUGAACAUUUGUUUGAAUCUGACCACCAAUCUGGGGCAUGGUGCAAAGACCCUCUUCAGGCUUCUGACAAGAUUUAUUAUAUGCCUUGGACCCCGUACAGAACUGACACCCUGACUGAGUACUCAUCCAAGGAUGACUUCAUUGCUGGAAGGCCAACUACAACCUACAAGCUUCCUCACAGGGUGGAUGGCACAGGAUUUGUAGUGUAUGAUGGAGCUUUGUUCUUCAAUAAAGAGCGCACCAGAAACAUAGUAAAGUUUGAUUUGCGGACUAGGAUAAAGAGUGGAGAAGCUAUCAUAGCAAAUGCCAAUUACCAUGAUACCUCCCCUUACCGGUGGGGAGGCAAAUCUGACAUAGACUUGGCAGUGGACGAGAAUGGGCUAUGGGUAAUCUAUGCAACAGAACAAAACAAUGGUAAAAUUGUCAUUAGUCAGUUGAACCCUUACACCCUGCGGAUUGAAGGGACAUGGGAUACUGCAUAUGAUAAACGGUCAGCUUCCAAUGCAUUCAUGAUAUGUGGAAUUCUGUAUGUGGUCAAAUCUGUCUAUGAGGAUGACGACAAUGAGGCCACGGGAAAUAAGAUUGACUACAUUUACAACACUGACCAAAGUAAGGACAGUUUGGUGGAUGUACCCUUUCCUAAUUCAUACCAGUACAUAGCAGCUGUGGAUUACAACCCCAGGGACAACCUUCUUUAUGUAUGGAAUAACUAUCACGUCGUGAAAUAUUCUUUGGAUUUUGGACCUCUGGAUAGUAGAUCAGGGCAGGCACAUCAUGGACAAGUAUCAUACAUCUCUCCACCAAUUCACCUUGACUCUGACUUGGAAAGACCCCCUGUUAGAGAAAUCUCUACCACAGGACCUCUUGGCACAGGAAGCACCACCACCAGUACCACCCUUCGGACCACAACCUGGAGCCCAGGCAGGAGUACCACCCCCUCAGUGUCAGGAAGAAGAAACCGGAGUACCAGCACCCCAUCUCCAGCUGUCGAGGUGCUUAAUGACAUUACCACACACCUUCCAUCAGCAUCGCCCCAAAUCCCAGCUCUAGAAGAGAGCUGUGAGGCUGUGGAAGCUCGUGAAAUCAUGUGGUUUAAGACUCGUCAAGGACAGAUGGCAAAGCAGCCAUGCCCUGCAGGAACUAUAGGAGUAUCAACUUAUCUCUGCCUGGCUCCUGAUGGAAUCUGGGACCCCCAGGGACCAGACCUUAGCAACUGUUCUUCUCCUUGGGUCAACCAUAUAACACAGAAGUUGAAAUCUGGAGAGACAGCUGCCAACAUUGCUAGAGAACUGGCUGAACAGACAAGAAAUCAUUUGAAUGCUGGAGAUAUCACUUAUUCUGUCCGGGCCAUGGAUCAGUUGGUAGGCCUCCUAGAUGUACAACUCCGGAACUUGACUCCAGGUGGAAAAGAUAGUGCUGCACGAAGUUUGAACAAGCUUCAGAAAAGAGAGCGCUCUUGCAGAGCCUAUGUCCAGGCAAUGGUCGAGACAGUUAACAACCUCCUCCAGCCACAAGCCUUGAAUGCCUGGAGAGACCUGACUACAAGUGAUCAACUGCGUGCAGCCACCAUGUUGCUUGACACUGUGGAGGAAAGUGCCUUUGUGCUGGCUGAUAACCUUUUGAAGACUGACAUUGUCAGGGAGAAUACAGACAAUAUUCAAUUGGAAGUUGCAAGAUUGAGCACAGAAGGAAACUUAGAGGACCUGAAAUUUCCAGAAAACACCGGUCAUGGAAGCACUAUCCAGCUUUCUGCAAAUACUCUAAAACAAAAUGGCCGAAAUGGAGAGAUCAGAGUGGCCUUUGUCCUUUAUAACAACUUGGGUCCUUAUUUGUCCACGGAGAAUGCCAGCAUGAAGUUAGGAACAGAGGCCAUGUCCACCAAUCAUUCUGUUAUCGUCAAUUCUCCAGUUAUUACAGCGGCCAUAAACAAAGAGUUCAGUAAUAAGGUUUAUUUGGCUGAUCCUGUGGUGUUCACUGUUAAACACAUCAAGCAGUCUGAGGAAAACUUCAAUCCUAACUGUUCAUUUUGGAGCUAUUCCAAGCGCACAAUGACAGGUUACUGGUCAACCCAAGGCUGUCGGCUCCUGACAACAAAUAAGACACAUACUACAUGCUCUUGUAACCACCUAACCAAUUUUGCAGUACUGAUGGCACAUGUGGAAGUUAAGCAUAGUGAUGCUGUCCAUGACCUUCUUCUGGAUGUGAUCACCUGGGUUGGAAUUUUGCUGUCCCUUGUGUGCCUCCUGAUUUGCAUCUUCACAUUUUGCUUUUUCCGUGGGCUCCAGAGUGACCGCAACACCAUCCAUAAGAACCUCUGCAUCAGCCUUUUUGUAGCAGAACUGCUCUUCUUGAUUGGGAUCAAUAGAACAGAUCAACCAAUUGCCUGUGCAGUUUUUGCUGCCCUAUUACAUUUCUUCUUCUUGGCUGCCUUCACCUGGAUGUUCCUGGAGGGAGUGCAGCUCUAUAUCAUGCUGGUGGAGGUUUUUGAGAGUGAACAUUCACGAAGGAAAUACUUCUACCUGGUCGGCUAUGGGAUGCCUGCCCUCAUUGUGGCUGUGUCAGCUGCUGUAGACUAUAGGAGUUAUGGAACUGACAAAGUAUGUUGGCUCCGACUUGACACCUACUUCAUUUGGAGUUUUAUAGGACCAGCGACCUUGAUAAUUAUGCUUAAUGUAAUCUUCCUUGGGAUUGCUUUAUAUAAAAUGUUUCAUCACACUGCCAUUCUGAAACCUGAAUCUGGCUGUCUUGAUAAUAUCAACUAUGAGGAUAACAGACCCUUCAUCAAAUCAUGGGUUAUAGGUGCAAUAGCUCUUCUCUGCCUAUUAGGAUUGACCUGGGCCUUUGGACUCAUGUAUAUUAAUGAAAGCACAGUCAUCAUGGCGUAUCUCUUCACCAUUUUCAAUUCUCUACAGGGAAUGUUUAUAUUCAUUUUCCACUGUGUCCUACAAAAGAAGGUACGAAAAGAGUAUGGGAAAUGCCUACGAACACAUUGCUGUAGUGGCAAAAGUACAGAGAGCUCCAUCGGCUCAGGGAAAACAUCUGGUUCUCGAACUCCUGGGCGCUACUCUACAGGCUCACAGAGCCGAAUUCGUAGAAUGUGGAAUGAUACGGUCCGAAAACAGUCAGAGUCUUCCUUCAUUACUGGAGAUAUAAACAGUUCAGCGUCACUCAACAGAGAGCCCUACAGAGAGACAAGUAUGGGAGUAAAGCUAAACAUUGCAUAUCAAAUAGGGGCUUCUGAACAAUGCCAGGGAUACAAGUGUCAUGGAUACUCUACCACUGAAUGGUAACCAUGGCAAUAGUUACAGCAUUGCCAGUGGCGAAUACCUGAGCAACUGUGUGCAAAUCAUAGACCGUGGCUAUAACCAUAAUGAGACCGCCCUAGAGAAAAAGAUUCUGAAGGAACUCACUUCCAACUAUAUCCCAUCUUACCUGAAUAACCAUGAGCGCUCCAGCGAACAGAACAGGAAUCUGAUGAACAAGCUGGUGAACAACCUGGGCAGUGGGAGUGAAGAUGAUGCCAUUGUCCUGGAUGACGCCACCUCCUUUAACCAUGAGGAAAGUCUGGGCCUGGAAUUGAUUCAUGAGGAAUCAGAUGCUCCUUUGCUGCCCCCAAGAGUCUACUCCACAGAGAACCAUCAGCUACAUCAUUACACCAGAAGGCGGAUCCCCCAAGACCACAGUGAGAGCUUUUUCCCUUUGCUAACCAACGAGCACACAGAAGAUCUCCAGUCACCCCAUAGGGACUCUCUCUACACCAGCAUGCCAGCGCUGGCUGGUGUGCCCACUGCAGAGAGCGUUACCACCAGCACCCAGACCGAACCCCCACCGGCCAAAUGUGGUGAUGCUGAAGAUGUUUACUACAAAAGCAUGCCAAACCUCGGCUCCAGAAACCACGUCCAUCAGCUGCACACCUACUACCAGCUAGGUCGCGGUAGCAGUGAUGGGUUUAUAGUUCCUCCAAACAAAGAUGGGACCCCUCCGGAGGGAAGUUCAAAAGGACCAGCUCAUUUGGUCACUAGCCUAUAGAAGAUGACAGAAAUUUAAGCCAACAAGACUGCUAACACCUGAUAGACUGUGCUGAGUUGAUAUACGCAGUGGUAAUAAUGUGUGUACUUUUAAAUCUUUAUGCUGUUGUUGAACGACAAACACAAACUCUCAGACUCCUUUUUUUUUUUUUUUUUUUAAACGGGGAUUUUUAGGUCAGCCCAGGGGAGAAAGAUAACUGCUGAAAUUCCCCUGUGCCCUCUCCUUUCUUGCCCUUCACCCCCCACACCCAAGAUGGAGACUUCAUUAUGUUAAUGAACGAGAUUUGAAGAAAAUGGCACUCAUUGUGGCCUUGUUGAAUUAUGUUGUGUUUGUUCUAACAUCUCUGAUGCUCUGUUACUAUAAUUACAAGGACCUGAUUUUUUCAAAGGCCAGAACACUUGUUUGAAGUUAGUAACAAUGCUGCAUCUAGACUGGAGUGCUGCACAAACAUAAAAGCAAAGCAAACUGUAUCACAUAGUGGUUUUUAGUCACUCACAACCUGAAUUCACCACAGUGGGAAUAGCUGUGGUAUACAAAAUCAAACAACAAAAUCGAUAAUGAAAUGGAGGAGAAUUCUAGAAUUAUAUGCUAAAUGCAUAUUUUAUGAUUUGCUGUAUUAACUGAUGAUAAACUAAUGGCAGAAAAAAACUGAACAAUUUCUAUGUAAUGUACAGAUACUAGCAUUGCACAUGUAGUCUGCUUUCUGUUCCUCCAGAAUUUGAGUCCUGUUAAUGUAGUGGAAAAAAAAAGAAAUUUUCUUUUUCUUUCGUGCUGGUCUUGCAAGUUUGUCUACCAGUAAGAGCAAAGUUUCCUUCCUUUCUUCUUUCCUUUCUUUCUUCAUUUCUUUCUUUUCUUUCCUUUCUUUCGUUCCUUUUUUCUUUAAAAUUUCACCUGGCAAAAAAUAAAUAAAUAAAUAAAUGAAGCUAUCACUUUAUAAGAAUCAUUUUCUAGUAAUGCAAACAAAUUAUUUUUUACAAAAAAAUAAAAUAAAUAAAAUUAGACUUCCUUCCCUCACUAUAUAUCUUUAUUCAGUCAGAAUAAUUCCAAGAGCAUUUUUGCAAGUUAGAGCAGGAAGAACUUUUAUGUUUACAGUGCACAUCUGUUGUAAUGCAAAGCAUAUUCGGCAAGCAGUUCAUCACUAAGACAGUAGCUAUGAUUCUAGAAGUCAAGAGAUGUCAGUAGAACUAGUGGGGCUUCUGCAUGUGAAAAAUGGUAUCCCAUAGGUGUGAGAGUGCUGAAUACUCAGUCUGAUCUCCAAGUGGGCACCUGCACUACCAAUUUUUAAAGGAAAUUCACUCAAUUGUAGAAAGAAUCAAAAGGUCAAGUUAUUUUGAAGUGAUUUAAAAAAGAAAACUCUUCUGUUUAUUAACAGGAAAAUUAUUUAUUUGACAGGAUUUUAAGUAAUGUAGGAAUAUAAGAGGUAAAUUAGCAGCACAUAUAAUUUUUUUUUAAGUUUACGAUCCAUUUUGUAUGGUCUCAAAGUUGGAUGACCUCAUUACUAAUACUUGUUGUAAAAGUGAAACUUGUUUGCCAACCAAUAAACAACUGAUUGAGAUUUAGAAGAUAUCGUAUUGAUGUAUGUACUAUAUGAUUAAUUAUUCUUUUCAUUUUUCUCACCUUUCUUUCCUUCUGUUUUCAGUAUAUAAAUUCUGCUAAUCCUCUGUGGUCCAAAUGAGCCAUGCUAAAGAAAUCAGUCUGCCUAGGUGAAUAAACUAAGCACAAAAUUAGUUUUUGCAGACAAAGUAUGAGAGAAAAAUGAGAUGGGCAUUUUUAUGUUGGCUGAAAUAAGAUGCAUAACUUACUUUCAAGCAGGUUAAUAUAUAGAUUACUAUGUGCUAAUUUAUAAGCCAGCUUCAGUCACACAGCUUAUUAUAAAAGUCAGCUUCAAUCAGAGAUUUAAAGUAUUUGGAAAAGAAGGAUCAUAUUUUUUCCUCCCUUGUAUUCUUCAUUUUGAUGUUGAAUAUUUAAAUUCAUUCCAUUGGCUAAAAAUACAAGAAUAAUGGCAACGAGAAUACCUAUUUUGUAAACAUGAGACAUUUUUAUGCUAUUUUUUUGGUUGUUUUUCUAUGUAUAGAUAAAAUGAGAGGGAAAAAGUCCUUUCAAAGAAACUUUCUAGAUCUCCAAUUACUGAAGAAUCUUUACCAGCAGUGUGCAAGUAUGGGGACCCUCCUAGGGCAAAGUUAGAAUGAAUUUGCCAAAUUAUAAUUUCUAAUUGUAUUAUAUUAUUUCUUGGUGAUUUUUUCUUUAUUUUUUCAAAAAAUUUAAACAUCAGCCACCUAUAAGUUAAUUUCUUGAAUUAAGAUUAGAAAGAGUAGUUUAGAGAGAAGCCAGUAAUCUAUGUAUACAGUUUUAAUAUAAAACAAAAGAAAAAAUUCUGUACUGGGCCAGAGUACAUCAUAACCUUAAAUUAAUAACACCUCAAAAUAUCUUAUGCAUCAUUCCUUUUAGUCACUUGAUAUAAAUAUUUUUUAAGUCUACACAUUGUCUCUAAGUUACAGGAGAACCACAAGCUUUAUGAGUAAUUAGGUUUUCAGUUACCACAUAUGGCAAUAUUAGCUUCUAAAAGGUGGUUAGUCUAUCUGGUACAUAGAAUACAUUUGAUAAUGAAAGAAUGCCUUUUAGAUAUGCUUAAGGUAACUUCAGAAACACGAAUGUAGUCUGUGGAUUUAUGAGUACUUACGCUAGUUGUGUCAAUCCAACAGUAAUCUAUAUGAAAACAGCUCCAUGAAUAAGAAGCUAGUUUCACAGAAUAAUGGGGAAACUACCUCAAUUCAGCUUGCUGAUGAUGCCAAUUCUGAUUUUCUGCUAUUGCUACCUCCCUGACCAUUAUUUUUUGUGUUUCAUUAUAUGGAAAUUUGAAGCUGAUAAUCUCCCAGCUCUACAUAGUCCAAGUUGAAGGAGAUCACUUGAAUACAUAGACUGAUGUGGAAAGCCAUUCAGUCCUGUUGGUAACCACCAAGUGCUUAUGUCAAGAUGAAAGGGUCAGAUUUUUGAACUUUCAUUCAUCAUAAUUGGUGUGCUUUCAGAGAGACUUAAGAUCCCAAAGACUUUCACAAGAAGAGAUUAUUUCCCCAGAUUGAAUGUGACUAUAGUGAAGACAAAAUAGUGGAUGAAAGAGUUAAUUAUGUAUACAUUUCAAUAGAAAUUUGUGUAUGUCUAUCAUAUAUUCCUCUAGUCCUCUUUACACUAGCAAGGGUUGAAUUCCUGAAUUUGAAUCUUCUUUCACAUGAAUUUUCAUGUGUGGCAAUUGAUAAUAACUUUAAAAUUUUCUUAAUCAUAUUUGGCUGACCCUAUAUUUUCAGUACUUUUGUGACAUUCAUCACCCUCUUAUUUGCAUAUUUUGGUGUAAUUAUCUGAUUUUCCAUCAAAAAAAAAUUUUCACCAAACAUACUAUACUACAUUGCACAUUAUUUGGAGAGCUGGAAGUAAAAGUUAUGUCAGUGAAACAAGUUAUUAUUUCCAAGUAAAAUAACAUUUUUAUAACAUUUUACAAUUUUGUUUCCUUUUUGAGGUCUGUUUCACAUGAUACUUUAAUAGGACAUUAGCUUACAAACCUCAUGUCCAGUUGAUUUAGAAAAUGUUGGAUUGUUGCAAAGCCCAUGUUUCUAAUUGAUAAUAUUUAUGGAGAAAUGUAAAUUUUGUGAGGAGAAAUAGGUGGGAAUUCCAGUUAAGUUUUUGAGCAUCUUUUGUUUUCACUCUAUUGAAAUUAACAAUACUAUAGUUAAAUAAUAAAUUGUUAUGCUAAAAUAAUCAUAAUGGCAAGAAAUAACUGGCAUGAAAAAUUAUCUUUGGGUUAAAAAUAGUCAAUAUAAUGUAGUAAUUAAAUGCAGGUGAAGGACACCCCUUUACCUCCUGUAAUACAAAUUUAUAAUGACUGAAAUUAAAAUGUAGUUAUGAUUUGUAUUUUUAAGUUACCAUUAGUCUAAAAAUGUUGACAUUAUGAGGAAAGGUUUUUAAGAUUUCAUAUUUAAAAUUUUAAAUAUUAACUUAGUUGGUAUAACAAAAGUUUUCAUAAUAAUGGAAAAAAGCAUAUAUUAUAAAUGAAUUAUUUAAGAACCCAUAAACUUAAAGUCAGGCAAUAUCUGCAGCUUUUUCCCUCAAACCUGUUCAAAUCCAUUGUAAUUUGCCUGCUUUAAAAAAUGACAUUAAAAACUUCAAAGACUAACUUUUUGCUCGGUUGUGGAGACCAAAAGGGAGAGGAAAAUAUUUCUUCUAGGUUGUCUAAAGAUCGACUUCAAAAUUAUCACCGCCUAUUAAUGAAAGAAUAACUCAUUUUUUUAGAAGUUGUCCAUCAAUACUGUACCAAAGUGCAACUGCUUAUGGCAUUUUUCAAAAAACACUGUAGAACUAGUAUGUAAUCAGUUCAUAUUUAGAGAGAGAAAACUUUAGAAAGAAAAAAAAAGAACCCAAAUCCUAAUUUGAUUUGAUUUUGAGUAACUCUGAAAAUACUGACAAGAAUGUCCUUUCUUCUUUAACAAAUAUAUAUUUUAGAUAAAAUAGCAAUAUAUAUGAUCUCCCUAAUGUACUAUAAUAAUAGUAUCAAGAUAUUAAGAAUUAAUUAGCUCAUGUUUAGCAAUUCCUAAUUAUAGCUCACUGUAUAAGUAAUUAUUAUGCAUUUCUAAGUAAUACUUUAAAUAUGUCUUAUGUUAGAUUUCUACACAUAAAUUAGUAACAUGGAAGCACAAAAGUGAAGCAGCAACGUUGCAAAAUAGCUUAUGGAAGCAUUUUUGUGCAAAUGAAUUCUACAUGAGAAUCAUCUUUGAGCUUGUAAAACAGAUUUGAUGGAUCCCAACCAUAAAUUCAAUUUUGUAAUCAGUAGUAAAAAGGUCCAUAUAUAAUCAUCUGAAGAAUAUUGACAAAUAUCUAAAUUUUCAUUUCUAGACUAAAAUAAGUUCAAGUGUCGAUAGCUUCUUCUUUACUGCUUAGGCCAUAAGAGAAACUUUCCUAUUUGCUAAUUAACUUGAUUACUUCCUUUUUGCUUUAAAAAGGAAAUCAGUCAACUUUCAUCAGUACACAUACUUCCAUAUGCCAUUUAUUUUACUUCCUGUUUGCUGAGGAAAUAGCUUGUCUACAUUACUGCAAACUUUGUGAUUUUUGCAAUGAAACAGGUAGUUGUUAUGGUUUUGCAUCUUCUCAUUUGAAAUAAAGUUAUUGCCAUUCCCUAUUCUUAAGAAGUUAAAAGUCAGCAAUUCUUUAAUAUCUAGGAUCUUUAAGUUAUUAUUCAAAUGUGUUGAUUUCAAUAUUUCUGUCUCUUAAUAGGACAUCACACAAAUCUUUCUAAACUCAUAUCCCCUUAGAGUAUUUCAAAGGUAAAUACAAACUAUGAUUUUUAAGAAGGCAUGUGAAAGGAGAACUCUGAUUUAUGUGAAGAAGUCAUAGAAGACUAUAUAAGGAAACAAACCUCUGUUGAGGUAAUAAAGUGUUUUCAACCACAAUAUGAACAGAAGAGCAGAACCAAGUUGAAUUCAUGGUGAGGUAACUAGAACUAAAUUAGAGAUACAGAGAAAAGUUAUCCAGGAAAAAAUAAUAAAACUACUUAGAGUGAUAAAAAUCUUAAACACUGUACCAAAUGUUAUUGAUGUAUUGAAAAAAAUCAAAUUUAGGUUUACCAUAUUAUAAUUUUUACCACAGAAAACACUAAACACUUUUAACCCUCUUUAGGUAUUUCUUGUUUAGUCUUGUCUCAAGGAAACAUGAAUAUUUUAUAAAUGUCUCUUAAAUAGAAGUAUUUUUGCCUCAAUUCACACUCACUCUGUAGUCUGCUUACUCUAUUGUAUGUCAACAUAGUUAAUGCUACUAGUAGCCUUGUACCUUUUAGAGCUUUAUUAUGAAUCUUUCUAAUAAACAUUAAAUUAACAUUAAUUGGAAUUAUGUACAUUGUGCAAAACAAUUCAUAACCAAACAAUAAUCAAUUCAUUAUAAAUAUAUAUAUAUGAUUAAACUUUGAGACUGAAUAAUAUAAAUAAUUACAAUGCUGAAAAUAGCACUCUCAAGUCCUUCUCUCUCUUCAGUUAUUGUAGUCAAUUCAUAAAACUCUGCAGACAGUUGUACACAUGAUGUGUUAUCAAAGUACUCCAUAAUCCAAGUAUGUCUAAAAGUUCCCAGUGCUGCUUUCAUUCUAAAAUGCCAAGGGAAAUAGCUUGAAAGAAGAAGAAAGUAAUGCCUUCUAAGGAUCUUAUUUAGAUAAACAUUGUCAUUCAGAAUGAAUAAUUUUAAAAGGAAAAUGUUCCAUUUUGUGGUCUGAGGGAAAGGUUAUUGAAGUUUACAGUUAGCCCAAUAUUGGAUAAUUUUAAAUUUUAAAGGAGUUAAGUUUGUCUCAAUGGCCCAAGAGUGCAGAAUUUCACCAUAUAUUGGCAAGGAAAUAGGUUUAAAAUCCAUACCUAAAUUGGCUUUUAAAUGUUAAGAAUUCCUCUGAUUCUUCUAAAAGUGGAGCAGGUAAAAUAGAGCCAGAUUCAAAACGAAAUACAUUGGUUGACCUCAAAAAAAUGGCAAAACAACAACAACUCUUUAGUAGUAGGUAGAGGUCUUUGGGGAUGGAACUUAGGAUACAGUGACUAAACAGAAUGUCUUCUUACGCUGACCACUGCCUUGUCCUCUAGUACAUUUUUUAAUGCCUUGAAUUUCAACUUGUCACCAUGUCUUAUGUUUUGAAUGACAUCAUGAAUCAAGAUAUUAGGAAAAAACAUUUAAAAUUGGUUUUCAUGCCUCAUUUGAAAAUAGAGAUUUCCUGUACCAUCCUGAGUAAUAUAAGAUGAUACGUCUUGAAGCAGCUGUGGACAAUCAGAAUGUGUUCAUUUAUAAACAAGUCUUAUUUGUAUAUUCUAACACUGAUCUUUGCCUAUGAACUACAAAGUCAAGAAUUGUAGAGAGGGUCAACUUGAUUUCCCUUAAUGGCUUCUGUGAAUAUAUUGGAAAAUGGAAGGAUAAUUAGAAAAGUUUUUUCAUACUGUUUUCCCACUUGCCAAGCAUUAAGUCUAAUUCAAAAUACAUCUUUUGAAAAAUGAUAGUUUAUUUUAAAAACUAACAACUAAUGAACCAUUUCUCAUUGAUAAGAAAAAUCACUUUUUUAGAAACUAGAAUAUAGCUAUUGCAGGCUUUGGUCUCUUACAUUCUCAUAUGUUUACACAUGACAUUAAAAUUAUCAUCUACACCUACCAGAUUUCAAUCUAUUGGAUUUUUUUCCCUUGUACGUUUCCAGCUUUUUUCCCCCUUAAAUCUUCUGUACAAUCACAUGUAAAAUCAUAAGCUACAAACCUCAAUAAAAAAUAUCAGUAAACAA